GCGAUAGGCGCUAGAGUGUUGGAUUACACACUUGGGAAAAUAGUAGGAAGAGGAGGAUUUUCAAGUGUUAGGAAAGCCCAUCAUAUAGUGACCGGGGAAGUACUAGCUUGUAAGAUUGUCAAACGUGAUGAUUUAAGUGAUAGAUCCGGUUCGGUGGAGAAAUUUGAAGAGGAAAUUAGAAUCUGGAAAUCAUUACCGAGACAUCCAUCUUUACUCCCUUUACUCGAAAUGACAAGAACACCAACUAUGACUUUUCUCAUCACUCCUUAUCUUCCUGGAGGUAGUUUAUUGGAUGUGUUGAGGAGAGAAGGUGGAAGUGAGAAAACGGCUGGUAAAUGGUUUCCUGGUGUCGUCACUGCUGUUUCGGCGAUGCACGAAGGAUUCGAAGGUUUUCAAGGAGAGAUGUUACAUGGGGACUUGAAGUUGGAUAAUUUCUUGGUGGAUCAUCAUGGACAUGUGAUGGUUUAUCCCUCCCCGCUUUCACUAUCCAAUAUCUCAUCAAAUCCAUUUCCAUCUGCUUCCCUACCUUAUGCUCCACCAGAAUUGCUCCGAGCACCACCUUCUGGUCCUGCUUUAGCACAAGACAUUUGGGCUUUAGGUAUAAUCCUUCAUGCUCUUCUCACCGGUCGACUUCCUUUUGUCGACUCUUUCGAUCCUAGAUUACAGAUGAAGAUCCUUCGUGGGACUUGGGAAAUCCCG